UUUCUGUAUUCUCAAAUAACUCUUUUAAUUUUCUGAAUAGUUGUUUUAGACCAUCAGUCACUUUAGUUCCAAACUAACUUGUUUUCAGAGUUGCAAUGGAAAUUAGAGAAGCUGUUUGGAGUUGCAAUGGAAGCAAGAGUCUAGGUCCUGAUGGUUUAAAUUUUAACCUCAUCAAAAGAAUGUGGCCGAUCCUAAAGGAGGAUAUAUGUGAGUUCAUUUACGAAUUUCAUUCGAAUGGAAGGUUAGUGAAAGGUAGCAAUGCUUCUUUCAUUGUUUUGAUCCCCAAAAUGAGGAAGGUGAUGAAUUCCAUUAUUAGCCAAAACCAAUUAGCUUUCAUUAGUGGGACGCAUAUUGCAGAUGGUAUAAUCAUAGCAAAUGAGCUUAUUCAUGAUGCAAAAAGGAGAAAGAGGCCGGCUUUAAUCUUCAAAGCAGAUUUCGAGAAGGUGUAUGAUAAUGUUAACUGGAGUUUUCUUGACUGCAUGCUGCAGAAGUUGGGGUUUUGUGAAAAAUGGCGUUUAUGGAUCCAAGAAUGUUUAGCCUCUGCAACUACUUCAGUGUUGGUGAACGGGAGUCCUACUGCUGAGUUCAAAAUGUCGAAAGGUUUGCAGCAAGGUGACCCACUUGCUCCCUUCUUAUUCUUGGUAGUAGUUGAAGCUUUUAAUGGUUUAAUUACAAAAGCUGUAGAGGAAAGGCUACUAACAAGAGUAUCGGUUGGUUCAGGGGACCUUGCCAUCACACAUCUACAAUUUGCAGACGAUACAAUUAUUUUCAGUGAGGCAUCUCCACAGAAUGUUUGGGCGAUAAAAGGCAUUUUUAGAAGCUUUGAACUCAUAUUCGGCCUUAAGGUGAACUUCUUUAAAAGCUCAUUAUCUGGUAUUAAUGUGGAAGGUGAUAAGCUUUUUGAUAUGGCUGAUUUGAUUAAUUGUGUGGUGGGCGAUAUCCUUUUUAAGUAUCUUGGAGUUCCUGUCGGUGCUACCUCCAAGAAGAUAUCUACUUGGGCUCUGGUUAUUGAAUGCUUACGGAGGAAAUUGUCUUCUUGGCGAUGUGACUCUCUGUCCUUUGGUGGUCGUAUUAUUCUCCUAAUAGCUGUCCUUUCGAGCAUCCCAGUUUAUUACUUCUCAACACUAAAAGCACCCAAAAAGGAUGAGGGAGGGUUAGGUGUUAAGAAUUUGGGUAUCUUCAAUGUAGCUUUACUAGGAAAGUGGAGAUGGAGAUUGCUAGAGGAAGAAAAUGCUCUUUGGAGGAGAGUAGUAGAGGUCAAAUAUAAGGUGAAUAGAAUUAAUGAACAGAGGGGUAGCGAAUGGGAUGUGCAUGGUUCUAGUUGGUGGAAGGAGCUAUAGCGACUAGAUAUAAUGGGAAUUGGCAGAGAAGGAUGGCUUAGUGAGAACAUUGAGAAAGUGGUUGGGGAGGGAUCAAAGACCUUGUUUUGGCAUGACAAGUGGGUGGGGCCUAUUCC